GCUUAUAAAACUGAAUCCCGACACGAAUGGAUUAACGUGUUCGAUAAUGACGAUCGUUAUAAAUUAGUUUCGCGUUGAACAAUCGAUCGUUAACUAAAUUAUUGGUAAAUUUUAUGAAAUAAUUCGACUUAUAUGUGCGCUGUGAUCUCGUGUUUCUUAGCGAUAUUUCUCAUAACAGCGAUCGUCCUAAUUCUUCUCUACAAGCCAUUUUACGCUUGGGAAGUUCAUCGACAAUGAAAUAGUAUUUUAAUCACUGAAGUUCGUAGAAUACUUUUGAAAAUACCGAGAAGUAAAGAGAAGAAGAAAAAUGAGGGUGAUUCCGUCAAUUUAUUUAGUCGCUUGUGUUGCGAGCAUGACGAGCGGUUCCCUCCUAGAAAUGUCACAAACCCUGUGGACCAAAGCCCUCCAAGGUGGUCUGACAAAAAUUGGAGCUCUGGAUCCACUGAGGAUUCCAAUCGUCAAGGUCGAUCAGUCCGAGGGCAGCACGAGUUAUCGAAUGAUUUUGCGGAGCGUAGAAAUCCGUGGGCUGAAUUCUUCGACCCUCGAGAGCAUCCACCUUGGACGGGGUCGACUCAAGUCAAAUCUCAGCGAGCACGAGGCCGGUUACGUGAGUUACACCGACCAGCAUGACAUCGAUAUGAUACGAUACCGAUUCCACACGGUCGUGAAGGAGCCGAGAGUCGAGGAGUCUCAAAAUUUGGAAGUCGAAUCUAUUCCAGGACUCGAAAAGUCGAGAUUCGAUGGCGAUUCUCACAGACGCGUGAGCAGUUCUGAGCCUGCAUCGGCCGACCGUGGACGUUACCAAACUCCCUCGAGAUACCGGGAUAAUCAGGAACAAGCUCAGGGUCAGAGGAUUCACCACGAACGACCUUCUUCGAGGCAUGAAAACGAUCGAGCGCGACCUUAUGAGCACAGAUCGAAUUACGAUGCGCCGAAUAGGCGACCGGACGAUACGAGGCGCUACGGCGAGUCCGCAAAUGUUCAGGCAUCCGUGAAACCAGAAUGCUCAGGUUCGUACCCAGCAAGCGGAAGUUAUCAGGUGAAUUCUCGACAUUCCGUGAACGCUCAAAAUCCUCCGGAGCGAGUGCGAAUUGUCUACGCUGAAAAAUUGAAGAAUCCAGAAAAUAAUUACGAAACGAUUCACCGGGGGCCCAGCACCGAAUCCCCGCCAAUUUCCGGUUGUUCCGGGGGCUGCGAAUACCGAAGAAAUUCCUACAAUCUUCGGAGGAACCAAAAUCAACAGAGAAACGAUUUCAAUAACAGACAAGUUGACGCCGAGACUGGGGCUGCUACGAAUUACGAAUCGCGCAGGGCUCACGUCAAUGCUAGAGUCAGUGCACCAGGAGACGUCGAAGAUUUUAGGGGACGAAUCCGCAACACCGAAUCGAGGACUACUUUCGAUGCGAGAAUCGAUGAGCCGAAUAAUUACCCUCGAAAUCGUCAACCCUCGAGAGAAAGUUCAACGUCCCAACGCUUGGAAAAUCAACCUGGUUACGUUGACAUCGUUUACGCCGAUGAGAAGGAUCAGAAAAUGCGACACUUCGGUAACUUGAGAGUCCAGCCUGAGGGUGACAAGAAAGUUUACAGCCUCGACGAUGUGUUCAAGGAUCUUCGCGAUCACAAUAGAUUUAUCGUUCAUAAUUUCACCGAGGGCGAAUCACUGAAGAAAAAAAAUGACGCAGUUAGAACGGCUAGCGAAACAAGAAGAAUCGAAGAUCUCGUGAGGUACGCCAAAGAUUUUCAAGAAAAACAUGGAUACUACGAAGAAGGAAUGCAAUUGAUUUAUCAUUACGGUGGCAAAGAAGGGGACUUGAUUAUCAAAGACAGCGAAGGUCGAAGAACGAAACGAGCGCACCUCGACGAAGAAGAUGAAGAGGAUGUGAUGCACGUCAUAAUGAAAAUCCGUGUGCCAAUGCUGCGCGUUGCUGCAGGAUACGUCCUGACGGGGACGGUUGGAAAGCAAGUUUUACGGGGCAAUGGCCUUCUCACAGCGAAUUUCACGGAACUGAUUGGCGAUUUCACACUGGAGCUCAAGAAGGUCGACGACGAUACGAUGGUUGUACGAGCUGCUAGAGCAAGAUUAACCGCCAACGACCAAAAAAUUACUCUCCAAGGGAUGGAUGAGGAGGGUCCGGUUAAUCAGAUACUGACACAAGGUUUGGUGGCAGCUGAAGCAGUCGCCGCUAUGUUAGCUGACGAUCUGACGACCAAGGCUCUCAGCGAAAAAACAGCCGAUUCCAUUAUAUACAGGAUGUACAAGAAUUUGCCUUCGGAAAAUUGAGGACCGCGGAGAAUCACGGAAUUUUUCAUUCUCAACAUCAUCGCCGUUCAUUUAUUUAUUCAAAAAUAUAUUUAUUAGUGUUUUAACUUAUUGAGCAUUUACUUGAAUAUGAAAAUAAAAAAAUACUUAACGAUGAGGAAAUUGAGGCCUGCAUCCGGCUCCAAUUUCGGUAUGAUUAAGGACUUUUCCAUCAUUUCUAAGAAAAGUAAUGUGCGGAUUCUCGAAUGACAGUUUUCUUUGCGAGUGAUUUUUUGAACCGUCAUUUUCAAGGGUCACGAAAACAGAAUUGAAACGGAUGAGAAAAUCGGUCUAACAGUGUACGGAUUCUUUCACUACUUCGCGAUGUUUUUCUACAUACUUUGUCGUUGAAAAUAUAUGUACGGAGCUUAUGAAAAUACAUUUUUCUGUUCGCAAAAGUAUUAUUUUCUUCUGCCUCUGGUAAUUACGUAAAAACUCGAGAUUGUGGAAUAUACCGAAGGUCGUGGAUCACUUGAAUCACGAUAAGAGUAAUUAUGGUCAAUGCGAAGUGGAAAGCAUGUACAGAAAGCACAGACGUGAGAUGUCGGCUAAUUUCUUGAGACAAUGAGGCAUUCGUCACACACGUAUCCGAGGAUGAUUGUUACAAAGAAACAACAUUAUGAUACUUGGACUAGCAGACGUGUAAAAAAUUCAUUCGUCUUCGUGUAUGCACUUUAUGAUCGUCAGGAUUAUUUUUGUGACACGUUUUUCUGAGUAUGCAUGUAAGAUUGAC